CUUCGGUCUGGGUCAUGGACAGCGUGGUUUCUAGCUAGGCUGUAUCGCGAUGUUCCUUCUCCUUCUUUCAUUCCUGUCCCCGUUCUUUUCGUCGUCCGAUUCUGUGAAAUAUGGUGGAGGUUCUCGGUCCUCUGUCUGCUCGUCCGCCAACUCCACCUAGGACAUCAUCUCGUAUGCUGUCUGAAAAUGAUCGAACUGAAGAUUCUCCGGUUGUUGUACACACGCCUCGCGACUCUCCCUUUUCCGUCAAUGGCUCAACCGGUGCGCCGUCAAGUCGACAAUCAAAGCGCGUGAACUUCUCACCAUGGACAAGAUACAUCAAACCUCCCUCGUUUACCAAUUCCGCCGCAAAAUCCAAAUCUGACCUCAAGUCCCUGCCUCCCUCGAACGAAUGCAAACCUACAAAAUCUAUCCUCAAACCGACCACAUCUCACUCUGCUACCAAUUCGCCGUCUGCUGAACCUCAAGCUCCCGUUUCCUUCGCCAUGCUUCUAGAGUCGAUCUUACAACAGCUCGCUGGAGAGGCUGUCAGUUCAAGGCUCGACGCCUACAUGCAGUUCUUCGGGGCCCUGAGAGCAUAUGACAAUCUGCCUGGUGAUCAAGAAAUCAUAGCGAGGUUGGGCUUGAUCACUCAGUUCAUACAUCGGGACGUUAGCCGGGACUUGACAACCGGCGGACCGCUACAUACCAACCUUGUAAUACAGGCCCUUAAGUUGGCUGUUGCACUGGUUUGGCAUAGUGAGAUCUCUGCGCGUCUGUCAGAUGACUUCAAGACCUUUCUUGUCGAUCAUUCCGUCAACUGUCUUCAAGAUGUGAAGAUGCCAAAGUCCGUGGUUACUCACUACUUGUCCGUAUUGUCAACCCAGAACUUUAACGCCAAGGUCAUGACGAACACGCGAAUAAUACGCAUUUUGACGGUUCUCCAUGAAUUAACUAAUCGCGUCACUGGAAGCGCAAUUGUGUCCCAGCGUCUAAGCAUCUAUCUUCGUGUCCUCAAUCAAUCCAAGAUGAUCUUCGUCUCAAAUGCAUCCCUGUGGAUGGAUCAUCUCAUAUCCGGCUUGCUACACCAUGUCAAAGAUAUCAGGAUAAAGGCUAUCUCGGUGGGCUUUCAGACCGCUAUAGCGUGCGGACCAAACCCAACCUUGUCGAAAUGCGUCCGUGAGGUCUUCAGCAGACCUCUCGAUGAGCGGAGGAAGCUUGUGACGGAAGUUUGUGAGCGAAUGACGCGCAUGAUGGCACUUUCUGAUUGCGGAGUCCACAUACCUCAAAUAUGGAGCGUGAUUAUUCUACUCCUGCGCAGCAAAAAGUUCAACGUGGAUCAGUGGGAGCAUUUCAAAGAAUGGGUCCUUGUGCUGCAGAGAUGCUUCAAUUGCAGUGAUUCUGCAAUCAAAGCGCAGGCCAUCGUUGGCUGGAAUCGGUUUGUUUAUGUCGUCAGUCCCAGCGACACAACGAGCCCUUCCUUAUUGCGGAUGCUGAGCAAGCCCAUCGUCUCUCAGUUCGAUCGGAAGAAGCAAGACAAACAACCCAGUCAGCUAGCCUUGUGCAGCUACUAUAAUCUUCUUUAUUACGCCUUCCGUCCCUCGGCAUCUUUUCAGCAUCUUGAUGUCGUCUGGGAAGAAUAUGUCGCUUCACCGGCUUCGAGCAUUUUUUCGUCUGUACCCAGUCUCAGCGACAGGGUAGCCCACGUGCUAUCCAAUAUGCUCUGGAGCCCCCAAGCGAAGGUUUGGUUGGAGAACAAGGUCAACGAGAGCAACAAGCUGGACCCUGAAGAGUUGCCAUCCAUUGACAGUAGGUGGAUUCGGUCGAGGAUAACAUCGGUUUUGAGCGUUUUUGAGGAGAUCUUCAAGUCUUCUGUCUGGAAUCCCGAUAUUGAGCGGUCGAAUAUUGCUACAGCCUGGAUCGGCUUGUCCAAGGCCUUGUCACAUGCGUCGAGCAAAGAGAUUACGCCCACGCCAGAAUCGAUGCAAGCUGUAGCACACGUGCUUGGCCUUCUUCAGCGCCUCUGGAACGCCGGGCCCUCAUCGCUCAAUGCGGCUAUCGAGAAAGACUCAACGGAUGCCUUCUAUGACCGGUUCAGCUUUCUUGCCACCACUAUGAUCUACAGUCUUGGUAGCGCACGGUUUACCGAGAAAUUACUCCUCAAGACAGCCGAUGAGACUUUUCAGGCUGCUACUACGCCUACGCAUCGUCAUCAAAAGGCGAAUACAAGUCUAGACAGUCCCAUCCUACAUUUUCUUCGAUUUAUCAGUGAACUACCUGGUCAUUCGAGGCCUUCCACGUCAUAUUCGCGCCUCGUUACCCGUGUUCUGGAAGCUACUUGCAGUGACAAGCUAUCAAGGAGCUCACGUCUGGAAUUCUUUAGCCAAUGUGCAGAUAUACAUGUGUUUGAUGCGGCUGCUCAUAUUGGCGAUGAUAGUCUAGCUGAAACCGUGUGGAGGUCUGUGGCACAGCUGUCUGCAAGCUCUUUAUCCUCUUUCCCUAUGGAGACAGCCCGCGAACGUGACGGCUCAGUUUGCCGUGACUAUGAGAACAUUGUUAACAUCCUUUCUGCCGGCUUGAAGUUCUCCGACGUGUUCGAAGCCUGGAAUCCGCUUGUUGAUUCUCUUAUCCGCGUCGUAAGAACCGAAAAGGGUGAUCGGGCUAUUUCCACCAUGGCCAUGGAACCUCUUGCCGCAUCUAUCAUAGAACAAGGGACACGGAAUACCUGCAAGCCCUCCGCAUCACUCUUGAAACUCUCGCUCUCAAUUCCUUACGGCCACGAAGCGGAGACGGCAAAAGGAACACAUGAAAUGGCCUUCCCUUACAAGCUGAUCGAACUCGUGGAUAAGACUCUUCGUCAGUCGUACGAAAGCUUUGAUCCUGUCGAACCAAACGGCAUUGCAGAUUUCAUCGAGUGCCUGACGUCUCUACUGGGAUCGGGUGUACCUACUUUCCGUACAGCAAUGCUCACACACCUCCAGCAGUCCCUUGCAUUAUAUCUCAAAGACGGGGAGCGCAAGAUAAACGCUGAGAGUGGCGUGGAAAGCAGAAUCCUUACUGCUUGUCGCGCGCUGUCGUCAGCCGUCUUGAACAUCUUGCAAGCAGCACAACCUCACGACGCCUUCCGUGUACAAAAGUUCGAGCCUAUAAUCUGUGCGGGUCUUGAGUCCACACAUGCCUCUGUAACAAAACGAUUUCUUGACUUCUGGCGUUGUUCGUUUGGAUCACAAGAGUCCUUGCCCUGCCCCGAGACGAUAUCUCGCGCGCUACAUGAUAUUGAAGUCCAGAUGAAGCUUCAGCAGCCGCAUGGUCAUCGGCAAAAUAUACAGUCCGAGGCACAAUCCGAUCGUCAAGACGCAAAGGCCAUUCCAGUCGAUACAUCGGUCAAGUCUCGCAUUGCUUUCAUACUUGAUGAUCCAUUCACAUUGGGGCUGAACUCGUCGCCUAUAACCGGAGGGUCUGAGCGUAAAGCCAUGCCUACGUCUUCGGAGAAGCAGACCGGACAUUCAGCGGGCCAAGUAUCCCAAACUGAUGAUGACUCUGAUCCGGAUGUGGCCACGGGUCAUUCGAUGCCCCUCCCGACGGGAUCGGGAGAUCCUAGGAAGCGUAGCGAGUUGUUUUCGAUCAUUGAAAGCCUUCGUUCGUCUUCACCUCCGACGAAUACUCCAAGAGAACUCGGUUUCAUGACGCCCCCGCACUUGCGCGACCUGCGCAACGCGGAUGCCGACGCCGGGACACCACAAACCCCGACCCUACCACCUGUCGCCACUGACAAUGAGUACGGGUUUCUCGGUUCUUCCCCUACGCCGGGUACUCGAAGCCGAACGCAAUUGAGCGAACCCGAAAUACCUCAGUCGCUAUCGACUCCAGCAGCAGAAGAGUCUGUCCUAGAAAACGAACUUCAAUCCUCCCCUCCAAAGCUGAAAUCGACCAGUCCUGAACCUCGAAGUAACACAGGAAACAUGAACACACCAGGAUCAGGGAACACUACGUCGAGCAGGAGCAGAAGAUCGAAGAGGAGGGCCCGGCGUUCGUCAAGGCAGAAGAAGGCAAUGAACGCUCAGUCCAGUCAACCGGAAGCGACUGAUGAAAGCAUGGCAGUUGAUUCAGAGGAACCACUGACAAAGCGUCUCCGUUCAUCGACAGGCAAAUUGCCAGAAGACAAAAGUCUCUCCACUGAAGACAGGCAAUCGAAGGAUUCGUCGAAGAAUGGCUCUCGUGACUCCGGGCUUUCCCAAGACCCUAUUACGGAUUCUGGUGCUACCGCGGAGCCUGUCAACGAGCCAGAGCACCAGGUCAGUGCUGAGCAACCGAAGGACAACGAAAAACAACAAAUAGACGGCUACGACUACAUAGCGGACUCAUGCAGCGACGACAUGGAGACCCAGGUUGCGUCUCAGUUGGAGCAGGAUCUAGAACUCGCUGUAGAUCUGGACGACACGGCGAGUAUAGAACAUGCUGCAACAGCUUCGGAGCAGGGUGCGAAUAAGAAACGGAAACGCGAGGCAGAGCAAUCUACACCUUCAGGCAAAGAGCGACGUCGUUCUUCAAGACUCACAAAGACGCCUUCUGUCGCAGAUAUCGAAGGCGGUCGUGCUACUCGGUCUAAGAGACCGAUGACCGUGUCGCAGGAGGUCGAAUCAUCCCCUGCCGAAUCGGCGCCGAAGCGACGGAAGACCGAGUCUAAGAGUGAUAUGACUAGCACGAGCAAGCCCGCCGAGCAAGCAGCUAGUACUGAUAGCGGGAAGACCAAGGCCCUGGAUACCCAAGACAGCUCUCAAAAACGCAGAUCCUCUCGUCUCAGCGGACAGGCGGCGCCAGCCAUUCCCGAGGAGAGCCCGCUUCCGAAGAGGUCACCACGACCUAGUCGUUCUCGCAAGGCGACCAAGGACAAAGCCAAAGACAGCAUACCAGAAGAGCCUCAACUUAGAGAAGAUGUCGAGACCCAUCACGACGAGACUCCUACUAAAGAUGCGGUGGACCAACCUGUCAAGGAUGAAAAGGAGUCCAAGAUCACUGUUGAAGAUAAACCAGCUGAGCAACUCCCAGAACCGGAUAGCUCAGUGCAGCCUCCAACAGAAGCUCAGGUCGACGAACCGAUGGAUGAGCCGGUGCCAGAGACCCAGCAAACGGCACCUGAUGACGUGCCAAUGGAAGACGCGCCCACAGUGACCGAACCCAUCCCUGAGACGAAGGUGCCAUCUGAAGAGAAGAAUCUGGAGGUGACGGAAAAGACGCGAGCAGUAUCCCGCACGACUCAGACCGAAGGUCAGGAGCCAGAGAUCUCGGAGGUGGGUAUCACAGACUCCCUCCGCAAAGUCUUGAGCGAUGUGAAACUGGCCAAGUUGGAUCGAAACUCGCUGAAGGAAAUUGACGAUUUACUAUUUGAUAUCCGGGUGGAAACGCAUGAGGCAUUGAGGAGAAACACCGGUUGAAUGGAUUUUGCAUAGCGAUGGCGUUGUACUUUUGUCUAUAUCCUAGUAUCAAUAUCUUAUACUCCUUGCUUUUUUUUUGUCUGCCCGUCUGACUGUUUUAUUUUGUGACCAUGGCCAUCAAAAGAAGUUCUCAUUUGUUUAUGAUCCCGUGCUUGAUUUGCCAUUAUUCUUUCGGUCUUAUGUUC